CACUCCAGUUCCUCCCUGCUGUAUGACAUAAGAAGAAGGACGGGCAGCAAAAACACAAAAGCAAGCACACACACACACACACCCAAUCCUGCAUGCCUGAAGAUGACCCUCAAUCACAUCUGGAGCUUUCUCUGCUUUCUGACAGCAGUGUCUGCAGCAAAAGUGUCCUACCCGAGCAUCAACGGCUCCGAGUCCCUGACCUGCGACUGUCCUGACCACCGGUGUCAAAAGGUGUACUGGUACCGUUUACUUCAGGGGAGCGUCACACCUGAGUUCCUAAUGUCCGCCAACAGUGUGAACAUUCCGCACUAUGCAAAAAACAUUGACGAAAAACGCUUCAAGUCGAGCGUAACCGACUCAGGAAAGGUGCAAUUCACGCUGCGCAUCACUGGCUUACGGGAACAAGACGCAGGAUUCUACUCUUGUGUGCUCAGCAGUCAGAAUUCAGCACAAGAUCCCAAAGAUCUGAUGCCUGUCGGAUACUCCAUCUUGCCAGGAGUAAAAAUAACAACUCAGGCACCUACAACAGUGAAACAUCCCAAGCGUGUGAAUGGUCUGUUUAACAAGUGCAAGUCCAGCAGUCGGUCUGUGAAAGGUUGCAAGUCUCUGGUUCUUUGGUCAUGUAUCGGUGCAGUCCUGCUCCUGGUGGUGGUCCUGAUCUCAACACUCUAUUACUUUAGCAGGCUACCCAAGAAGUGCAGACAUCACUUUGUUAAAAAGCAGCAGAUGAGCUAAGACGAGACCAGACGAGACCAGACAGGACGAGACGUGACGAGACGAGCGGCUCCUCUUGUCUCUGCGCUGUGUGUCCGGGUUCACUCUAUUGUGGCAACCCUGUUUAUUUCCUGUAAAUGAGUCCUCUGUACAAAGAAACCUACUUUUUUUAAGCAUUUCUGCAGAUUUCUGCUUGAAUCAGAGAUUUCUGAUCAGGGUCGUAGUUCUGUUUCCCUCUAUGUUAUGUUCUGCUUUGUUUAUAGUUAUUUAUUCCUUAAGCACGGUGCUUUUAAUAUUACAGAUUACAGGACAAUCAUCAAGUAGUGCAGCAAGUAGGUGACUUUUAUUAAACCAGUAUAGAAAGAUUCACAGUUUGGACGUAGCACAGGAAACCAGUUGAACCCUUAAAUGUGCUUUAAGCGAAGACUGUAAUGUUGAUUUUUUAUAUAGAUAUAAUUGAUUUCAAAUAAGUACGUUCAUGUGGCGCAACCUUCGAGUUAAUACUGCAGGGAUGGAUAGUAUUUCUUAUAUAUGUUGUUUUCUAAAUUCUAAUAUAAAACAUGGUAUUUGAAAAGGCUUGUGUGCUCUGUGGUUUGUUUGUUUGUUUGUUUUUUCCUUUGCAUAUUAAGUGUUAGCUAUAGUUCAUAGGAUUUUGGUGGAUUUUAUUUUAGGCUCUUGCCCCAGAGCUGCUCGAAUUCUAGAAAGAGAAAGGCAUUCGGCUGGAAAUUCUGCGUGGCUCCAAAAGCCUCACCUAACGAUAAAAAUUCAAUUAAAUAAGGAAUCAAAUCAGCAUGGGAGAGUGUGUUGCCUUUGUCAUGCCGAAGUUGAUUCUUUUCCUAAAUAUCCACAAUAUCCAAAACCUCUCAUACAACAGCAGGGUUAUUUUUGUCCAUUUACAGUUACGUGUAAAAGUUUUUGUGAAUUCCAUGUAACAAGUCGUUUCUUUUACCUGCUGCGUGCUCAGGAAGUUAACAAGAAAUGCAGCGUCUCAUGUUACAGAGAAAAUGCUACUGACGACUUUCCUGUGAUGGAAAAACGUACAUGCAGAGAUAUAGUAGAGAUAUCCACUAUAUUACUCUGUUACUAUAGAAACGAUAACAUAAUGGAACAAAGGUUCAAUGAACACGAAACAAUACUUUCUGACCAAUCAGAAUUGAGAUUUGAGAUUGAGAUUAUUACGUCUCAAUGAAUGCAUUAACUCUAGUACAUCGUUAUGAAUUUUGCAGAUUUAUAACCAUUCAUUUAAAUUCAUGUUGGUUUAUGACACAGAUCAUUUAGUUAAGAAACAAAUACAUUUUUAUAAAUCAGUGAAUGCAAUUUAAUCGUGUCAGUAAAUGAACCUUAAUGCUAGUUCAUUAUUCGCCAUGCUUUUUGUGCUAGCGAGUGUGCGAGUUUGGAGCGAUGCUUUAGCUAUAUCAGUGCCCAAGUGGUGAGGAAUAUUACAGCAGGUGAGCUAUA